AUGGUUUUCGAGACGCCUUUACUCAGGGUCAGUCGUCCCGUCGCUGCCUGUUCGCGAUGUAGAUCUGCCAAAAUCAAAUGCGAUGGCAAACUUCCGGCAUGUACCGCUUGCGAAAGGUCCGGCAAACAGGUCGAGUGCUCAAGUACCAGCGAUCAAUUUGCUAGAGGCAAAGAGCGAAGCUAUGUUUCUACCUUGGAAACAAGGAUAGAAAAGCUUGAGCGCCGACUGCAAGAGUCUCAACACAGGAAGGCUUCUGUAGUAGCCGCUCACAACCACACCAAUGCCGGCGCUGUACAAAAACAUGUUUCCUCUGAAGGAAAUAAUAGGACAUCAAAAAGACUCGAAGCCCAGGAAAUCGAUGAUCUGGUGUCUGAUUUUGGCUAUCUUACUGUAAAUGCCACGGCGCGGGACUUCUAUGGAUUUACAUCAAGCAUGUCCUAUGCUCGCAUGGUCCUUUCCGCUUGCACCAAAGACUCUCUCCCUCCAGGAUUUGUGACUCCACUGCCACCACGAAACGAGGCCAUGAUCACCAUUAGGCAUUAUUUCGAAAACUUCUUUGUCAUGUACCCCUUUUUCGAGGAGUCGAGUUUCUAUGCAUCCAUAGAUGCGGUAUACAACUCGGAGACCUCCCGCAAUCCUACGGCAUCGCCAUUCGAUCACUUCUCUGUCAGGUUGGUACUUGCAAUCGCACACUCCGGACGUAUGGAGCAACGAGGCGACCCCAACUACAUGGCUGCGAUCGGACACGUCUCUGCUGCAUUGGCCCAUGCCGAACACGUUCUUCGUCCUGGCUCGAUCGCAAGUGUACAAGCAAUGCUGCUGCUACACGAAUACUCGAUGAUCGAUCCUCAUCACUUUGAUAGCUGGGGCUUGAUAGGUGCAGCCUCGCGCGCCAUGGUUGACUUAGGACUCCACCAAGAUCCUCCUCGAAGCACUUCCAUCUCUAGGGCAAAGCUAGAGUUGCGGAGACGAGUUUUCUGGUGCGUUUAUGGUUUUGACAGGACAACGAGUCUGAUUCAGUCGCGAGCUUUCUCGUUCUCGGACGAUUCUGCAAAUGUUGCUCUACCCUUCUCUACAGCGCAGAUAUUGGUCCCACCAGAUGCCAAGGACGACUCGAAUCAUAUCCUGUUCAAGAGUUUCGGGCCGGCGGUUGACCUCUUCAACUUGAGACGGAUACAAUCUGCCUGGUAUACCGAGCUGUUUCAAUCAGGGCGGAUACCUCUGUCAGACCCUUACCCCUUGGUAUGGCGAUCUUGCGAGGCCAUGAGGAAUUGGUUCGCCGGACUGUCUCCGAGCAUGAGUCCACAAGUUCGCAACUUCUUCGAGCUCAACUUGCUCUACUCCUAUAUUUACAUCCUUGCUGCGUCGCCGCGCAUGCCAUUCGUGGCGCCCUUUGCGCAGAGUCUUAUUUUCGAACAUUGCAUUCAAUACGCGGAGAAGAUGACAUCUCAUGCGAACGAGCGUGUUAAGACAGCUCCUCUGAGUUUCUACGACGCAAUGCGAGUGUACAUGACCGGCCGCCAAUUCAUCGAGGUGCUGCAAGGCAAUGAGGAUAGGUUGUUAUCAGGCAUCAUCCCCGAUCCACCACACGUCCCUAUCGACUCAGCGCCGCCACCGCCAGCACCUCACACGCCCAGAGACUUCCAGAAGAAUCUCGCGCGAAGCAUUACCUGUAUCAAGCGUUUGACAGACUGCCUUGGUUUAUUUGGUUUGCGAUGGGGAUAUAUGAGCUGGCGCGACCGUUUCCAACGUGACACUGAAAGCCUGCUAUCUUCUCUAAACCAACGAGUAUGGAAAAGGCAAGAUUCAACGAACGGUCCUGCUCGGCCUAUCUGGAACUAUUCUGAUUCGACCGGGCCUCUUCCAGAGAGCAUGAUCCCACCGCCUGGCCCGCAUCAACACCUCCAGCCACUCAUCACUCCGACAUACCCUCCAGAGUUUCAGCAAAGCACAGAGUUCUAUCAAACACACUACAACAGCGUUAUACCCCAAACAGGACAUCAAUACCCAGCAUGGCAUGAACCGACCGGUUCAGUUGGCGAGCAGCAGGAGCAGCUUGGCAUGCCGCACCCACGUACUUACUGA